AUGCUGCAAGACGAUAAGGAAUUUGUGUUGGAAAUUGUGCGACAGAAUGGAAUGGCUCUAUCAUGCGUGGAUAAAUUUCGAGACGAUAUAGAAGUUGUGUUAACUGCUGUCAAACAAAAUGGUACUGCAUUGCAAUAUGUUACAUAUGACAGCUCAAGAAAUUCGAAUUGGUACAAACCAAUUGCAUUGGAAGCAAUCAAACAAAAUAAGAAGGCACUUCAAUGGGUUCCCAAAGAUUUACUUCAAAAUCAUGAUUUCAUGUUACAAGUUCUCAAAUUAAUAUUUCCAGAAGAGUUUGAAACCUCAUGCUCUAUUGAUUAUUCAAAGAAAGAAAUCAUGAUGAAUAUUAUUCAAGAAUUUGGACUUUUACUUGAAUUUGUCUCGAGUGAACUCAAAAGUGAUCGCGAUAUUGUUUUACGUGCCGUUAGAACUAAUGGUUGUUCAUUAACAUUUGCAUCCAAUGACUUGAAGAAUGACAUAGAAAUUGCAUUACUUGCUGUUCAACAAGAUGGUUGGGCAUUACAAUAUAUCUCUUCAGAUUUGAAGAGAAACAAACAAGUUGUGAUGGCUGCUGUAUCUCAAAAUGGAAAUGCUCUUCGAUUCGCAGCAGACGAGUUGAAGAAUGAUCGAGAAGUGGUAUUGACUGCAGUAACUCAAGCAGGAUAUUCAUUGUGUUAUGCUUCAAAGGCGAUGAAGAAAGACAGACAAGUUGUCUUGACAGCUGUAAAACAAAGUUUUAUAGCCAUUUAUUUUGCAGACGAUAAAUUGAAAAAAGACGAAGAAAUUGUGUUGGAAGCUAUCAAGCAAGAUCUCACUUUUAUACAUAAUGCCUCAAAGAUAUUAUUGAGAGACAAAUCAUUCUUGUUGAAGGCAGCAAAGUUUGGAGGUGACACACUUCUGAAUUACAUACCCAAAGAAAUUACAGAUGAUCAUGAAUUUAUGGUAAAACUUAAAGAAGAAACCAACAGUUGUGUAUUUGUUUCCGAGUACAGUGAUGAAGAAUAUCAAGAAAGAAUGGAAAACUGUUAUUACGGAGUCUAUUUGGGUAACAUAAGGAAUCAUUAA